AUGUCAGGUGCAGCACAGGCAGAUGCCACCACCACAAAGGCCGUCGUGUCAGACCGCAAAGACGACUCGCAACCGCUAGCUCCCCAGAAGCAAGCCGCUCAACUCGAGGAAGACGAUGAAUUCGAGGACUUCCCCGUAGAAGACUGGCCCGCAGAAGAUGAGCUCGGUUCUUCCGGCGCUGGAGCUGGAACCACUCACUUGUGGGAAGAGAGCUGGGAUGAUGAUGAUACAAGUGACGAGUUCUCCGUUCAGCUUCAGAACGAGCUCAAGAAGAUGGAGAAGCGUUGA